AAGAGAGCCUACCCACCUUCUUAGAUGUUUUGAGGAUCGGCAAACGGCAAUAUAUCCUAUUGAAAAGUUAAUGAAAAAUUGAUACAACUUAUGUCUAUUUUGGUUGUGCCUGAACCUUUUGGCUACCAUGAAUCUGCAGCUGAUAGUUAAAGUACAUAAAUCAUUUAUAUUUGAGUUAUAUUUAAGAAGCAAAACAAUCAUUUAGAGCUCUUAAAACAAUGAUUGAGUUACAAAUGAUAGAGGAAAAUUCUAGAAAUCAAAAAAUGUUUUCAUGCAUUUUUUGUUGUGAGUUCAAAGAAUUCUCUAAAGUCAGUAUGGAUGUAGAUGGAAAUACUCAAAUUAAUGAAUUUUACAAAAUGGUUGCUUUUAAACACAAACUUGAAAAUGGAACAUUUCAAAUUUCUUACUUGACAGAAAAUAUAGAGAAAAUCUUGAUUGAGGAUUGCACAGAUACUAUAAGCUAUUUUCUAAGCGAUAAUAACAAAGCAUAUGAAUUCUUUAUAAAAAGCAAAGAUGGGUCGUAUCCUUUAAAAACAAAAAAAACAACAGAUGCAGUUGAAAAAAAUGGAAAAGCAAAGAGUGAUCAGUUUGGCUCUUUAUACAAUUCUUCUAACUCUUUAAAAUCAGAUACAGGAUUUGUUGGUCUCAUUAAUCAAGCGAUGACAUGUUACUUAAAUAGUCUUUUGCAGACCCUUUUUAUGACUCCGGAGUUUCGAAAUGCUUUAUAUAAAUGCAAUUAUGAAGGUCUUAUUGCUAAUUCAGUUGCAAACAUUCCAUUUCAACUCCAAAAACUCUUUCUUCAAUUAGAGACAAGUCACAAAAGAGCUGUAGAAACUACUGAGUUGACCAAAAGUUUUGGGUGGGACAGUAAUGAAGCCUGGCAACAGCAUGAUGUUCAAGAGCUUUGUAGGGUGCUAUUUGAUGCAUUAGAAGAGAGUUUAAAAGGUACUGAGCAGAAAGAUCUGAUCAAAGAGCUUUAUCAAGGAGAACUUGAAGAUUAUGUUAAAUGCCAAAAGUGUGAUCAUAAAAAUUUACGCAAAGAUUUUUAUUUGGAUAUUUCAGUUGAUAUGAAACCUUUUGGUUCUGAUAAAUCUUAUGAGUCCCUGGAAGAAGCGUUAAAAGCAUUUGUGAAGCCAGAAGUUUUAAAUGGCAACAAUCAGUAUUAUUGUGAACACUGUAAAUCGAAGCAGGACGCACAUAAAGGCUUAAAGUUUGUGAGCUUUCCGUAUCUUUUAACAAUUCAACUAAAGAGAUUCACUUUUAAUUUCAAAACUCUUCAAAGAAUGAAGAUACAUGACAGAAUGACAUUUCCGUUUCAAUUAGAUUUGAGUGAACUUUUAAAAUCGACUGAGGAAGAUAAUUUUGAUUUAAAAAAAAAAGAAGAAAUCAAUGAUCUUUCAAUGAAAAGUUCUCUUAAAGAAAAUGAAACAUUAAAUGGGUGUCAGGCAAAAGAAAAUGAAAGAGUUAAUGGAUUUCAGGCAGAAGUAAAUGAGAAAAGUUUUAAUCAUCUUAACAAUGAAAUUUCAGAUAGCCAAUUUUUAUGCGAAAAAGAGAGAUUAAAUCAUAUUCAAAUAGAGGAUACUUGCUCAAAAAAUGAGUUGACAUAUGAGCUGUUUUCAGUUUUGAUACAUUCGGGAAGUACACUUGGUGGUCAUUACUAUGCAUACAUUAAGUCUUUUAAAAACAAAAAAUGGUAUUGUUUUAAUGAUCAAUAUGUAUCUGAGAUUUCUGAGAGUGAAAUUGAAAAGUCCUAUGGCGGAGAUAACAAGCACGGAGGAUAUUAUUCAAGUUCAUCGAAUGCUUAUAUGUUGAUGUACAGAAAGAUUGAUAAGAAAAAUAAAACUUUUAUGAAAAAGCAAGACUGGCCAGUUUAUUUGCGUAAAUUAUGUUCCUCUCUUCAUUCAGAUAUCAACAAAGUUGAUGCCGAAAAAUUUUUUUGCAAGAUCAAGCUUUAUGGUUUUCAUCCUAUAAAUGGUAACAAAGUAGAAGCUUUACUUGAAGUUUUUAAAGAUGAAACACUUAAAAAUGUUACUGAAAAAGCUUGGAAGAUCUUAAAUUUCCAUGAGUAUUUGCCAUUAUGCCAAUGUCGUCUAAUAAAGUACGAUGAUAACUUCAAUUCAAUAGUAAUGUCAUUUGAUGAGCAGGAAACAUCCAUGGUCAAGUUAUUAGGUGGUUUUAGCAAAAUCUUCUCCUUUGAUUUACUUCUAGAGUGGAGAAAAGAAAGCGAACAAUUUCAAGUUUAUGAACCAGGAGGGGUUACUUUGAAAGUUUAUGUUGAUGACAAAUUAGGAGAUUUUUUUGAAGAACCAUUUUUAUUGUACGUGUCAUCCAACUCUACCAUAGGGGAGCUCAAAAAUAUAAUAUCGUUACGGAGAGGUUGUGAGUUUUCUAAGCUUGUUGUGUAUAAAGAACAUCGUGGUUUCUUAUUGCUUGAUAAUCCUGAAAAAACAUUAAAAAUGGAAAGUUUUUAUAAAUAUGAUAUGAUUUUUGUUACUGACACUUUUACUGAAGAUUAUAAAACUUCAUCCUUUUAUAAAAAGUUAGAGGAGUUUACAGAUACAAUAAAACUUUUUAUAGUUCAAACUAAAAAAGAAAAUUCAGAAGAGCUUACACUUAAUAUUAAUAAAAAAAAGACAUUUGGUUAUUUAAAGAAAAAAAUAGAAGAUUUGAUUAAUGUUGAACAACAUUUGUUUCGGAUUUAUCGUAUUUCAUUUGAUCAAGAGUAUGAAUGCAUUAGGCUUGAAGAUACUCUAAGCACCAUGAAUAAUGGUGCUAAGAUAAUUGUAAAGUUGGGCAGAGCAUUGAUGACUGGAGAAUCGAGAGUUAAAGUUUAUCUAUUUGAACCCAACAAUGAAGAUCCCAUGACGUUUUUUAUGGAAGCUGUGGCAUACAAGGGCUUGACCAUAGGGGAAUUCAAAAAGCAGAUUUUUUUGGAACUAAAUAGAGUUGGAAAAGAUCAUCCAAUUGAAAGAAUUCGUGUAAGAAGAAAAGCGUCUAAAAACCCUUGUCGCAUUUACACAAACAAUGAUCGAUUUGAGGUAGAAGUGAAAUUAACUGACCUUCUUGUUGAGUUGUUACAAGAAAAUGAUAUCAUUGUAAAUGAUGACUACUUAAAUUUAUAUGCCAAACGAUGGAGACCGUCACAACUUCUUCUAUGCCCAUUUGAAGAAAUAAUUUUGUAUAAAGACACUUCCCUUGUUAACUUAAAAAAAAAGCUAAGUGAAAAAAGUGGCAUCCCAUUAAAUCAAGUCAGUAUUGCCAAGGGGCGUGGAGUUUUCCCUUGCAUGGUAUCAAUACUAGAUAUAUAUAAUGAGCUGGAAUGGGAUUGUAAUUGCCAAAAACUUGGUGAAUAUCCAAUAUCAAUAACUGAUGAUGGUAGUGUAAUAUACUAUAGAGAUAAUAAAGAAGAAAUAAAAGAAUUGACUUUUGACGAAAGAAGAGAAAUAAGGCUCAGUGAAAGGAAACAAUAUCAUCCCUUUCAACAUUCUAAAGAAAAAUCAUUAAAAAUAUACGCUAAUGGUGUUAAGAACUAAUUAUAGUGUACACAUUUGAUGAUUAAUGGUGUUAAGAACUGAUUAUACUCAUUUGAUUAGUAUAAUCAGUUUAUGUGUUUCUUUUGUCGUUAUUGAUUACUGUAAAGAUCCAGUAAAGAUAUUUGGAAUAAAUCAUUUGGAUCGCAUUAAAACAAAGUUUGAUAUAGAAGAAAUGUUCAUUUUUUCUUAUAUACAUGAGUUGAACUAUUUUUAUAUUUAAAUAUAGUUAUUUUUAUUUAAA